UAUGAUAAAUAAAUAUUAUAUUGUAGAACGUUCUUUUUUUCUAUGUAUUAUAUUGAUCAUCAUUCUAUGAUUAUUGGUGUUGUCAUAAAUUAUGUUUGUAAUUCUUGGUGGUUGUCUUAGUCAAUUAUCAUCUAGAUUCAAUCAAAAAAUUCUUCGAUUAUCAUCUGUAUCGAUAAUCAGAAAUCAUUUCAGUAUGGAAACCGCCAACAAAACCAAAAUUGCUGUCAUCCAAUUGACAUCAAAACAGAAUAAGGAUGAUAAUUUUCAGAUUGCAGAAAAAUUAAUCAAAUCCGCUAAAGAUGAAGGUGCACGGAUGGCUUUUCUACCUGAAUGUUUCGAUAUGAUUUGUCCAAGUAAAAAACUUACAAUGGAAAAUGGUGAACCGAUUAAUGGACCGACUGUGCAACGAUAUCAGGAAUUGGCCAAAAAUUUAAAUAUGUGGUUAUCAUUAGGAGGUCUACACGAAAAAGGUCCAGAAUCCGAAGACAAACGUUUGUUCAAUGCUCAUAUCAUUCUUAAUAAAGAUGGUCAAAUUGUUUCGAUAUAUCGAAAAGUUCAUCUAUUCAAUUUGGAUAUUCCAGGCACUAGACUUGUUGAAUCGGAAUUUUCUCGACCAGGAACUGAAGUUAUAAAACCACCGGUAACACCUUGUGGUCGACUUGGUAUGGGUAUCUGUUACGAUGUCCGUUUUCCCGAAUUUGCCAUUUCUUUGGCUAAAGCUGGAGCCGAUAUUCUUAGCUAUCCAUCUUCGUUUACAAUACCAACUGGUAAGGCACAUUGGGAAAUAUUGCUCAGAUCUCGUGCAAUUGAAACUCAAUGUUAUGUUGUUGCUGCGGCUCAAGUUGGAGCCCAUAAUGAAAAACGAAAAUCGUAUGGCCAUGCCAUGAUCGUCGAUCCUUGGGGUAAGAUUUUGGCCGAAAUUAACGAUGAAAAACCAGGUUAUGCUCUAGCUGAAAUCGAUUUCGAUUAUCUGAAAGAAGUUCGUCAACGAUUACCCGUUUGGACUGAUAGAAAACCCGAACUAUAUGGCUAUAUUCGUCCGGCUUAUGCUGAACCAAUUGAUUUGACAACAAAUUCAAAGCAACACAGUCUAGAUGAUGAAGAUUUUAAAUUUGGUGAAAAUGCAAUCGUCAAAACACAUCAGAUAUUUGCCAAGACAUUUUAUUCGGUUGGUUUCAUCAAUCAUCGGCCAGUGUUACCGGGACAUGUUCUUGUAUCACCAUUACGACCAGUCACAAAACGAUUAUCCGAACUUAACAAUGAUGAAAUAUUCGAUUUGUUUCAAUUGGUACAGAAAGUACAGAAAGCAAUCGAAACCAUUUAUCAGGCAGAAGCAUCAACGAUAGCCAUUCAGGAUGGAAAAGAUGCCGGACAAUCGAUUGAACAUUUGCACGUACAUAUACUUCCAAGGAAAAAAACUGAUUUCGGUGGCAAUAUUGAUAAAAUUUAUCAACAACUUGAACAACAUGAUGAAUUGGAUAAUCCAUUCAAUCUACGUUUAUUGACCAACGAUGAAAUGAAUCAACAAUGUAAAGUUUUGCGAAGUUAUUUCUAAAUGAAAUUAAAUUAAAAUUAUUGUUAUGAUAA